AUGAAUCAUGUAACUUGUGAGCGCAUCGACUCAUUUCCUGAACUCCGUCUCAUGUCCGGUCCGGAAGAGGAAAAAGGAAAAUGUUCUGAUUCGGGACUAGACCCUAUACAGGAGCAGGAAAUGGAAAUUGAAGCCCUAGGAGCAAUAGUUAUGGAUGAAUUAAAAGAAAUUCACUCUGAUGAGAGUGGACUAAGCACUUCCAAUAGAUGCUUCCAAAUAACAUUAACUCCUCAGCUGCGUUAAGAUGUGGACACAGAUCAAUCAACACCAGUUCAGCUGGCUUUGGUUUUCUCGCAUACAGAAAAAUAUCCAGAAUAGCCUCUAUUAGGAAGUAAUGCUCAGCCUCCACUUCUGAAUGUAAAAAGUAUACGGGGAAUGCAAUCCAGUGACCUGAAAGUUUUGAAGCUAAAGCUUGAACAGGAGGCAUCUGAAAAUCUUGGAAUGGCCAUGAUCUACACUUUGGUCUCAUCAGCCAAGGAAUGGUUAUCUGAGAGAUAUGGCCAAGAUGCUUGUCCUGACAAUGCUAAAGAAGAAGAGGCUGCCAAAGAUGAGGUAAUUGUUCCGCAUGGAGAACCUGUUACUGUUGAUACAUUUUCAGCAUGGAGAGAAAGGUUUGAGGCAGAAUUGGCACUAGAGCGGGCCAAGCUAAUGCCCGAGUCUGCUCUCACUGCACCCAAAGAGAAGAAGCUCACAGGCAGGCAGUGGUUUGAAAAUGGAAGAGCUAGUGCGAAAGGUGCAUCUCCAGUGAGAGAAGGAUCUGACGAGGAAGACGAGGAAGACAUUGAUUUGGACAACUAUGACUUUGAUGAUGAUGAAUAAGAUAUGCUUGAUCACUAUCUAGCUGAGAAGCCGGAUACAUCCUCUCUCUCUUCAAAGGGAACUGCCUAAGAGAAAAUGUCUCCUAUUUGAAAACUUAUGAUGGAGCAAUUCCUGGCAACUGGAGUUUUGCAUUUACUAUGUAUUUUGGGCCCUUCUUUUUUCUGUUUGAAAACUUGAUUGUGAGUGGGAGCUAUAGUUUCUUGAUUAGAAAGUUGCUCUCUUUUACAUUUUAAUUAUAGUAGCUAGGAUGGACCUUCAUUGAAGGAAAGCAAUUUAUGUUGCAUCAUUUAGGUACUGUUAUAAAGCUUCAACUAUAAUGUAAAAUAUCACCCAAUUUUGCCUAAUAUUAAGAUCAAAACAGAAUUUUCAUGUC